UGACGUCACCGCGCAGUGACGUAGCAGGCGGCGCGGCGGCGGCGGCGGCAGCGCGCGGGGGGCUGCGAGGGGCGGCCGCUGCUUCUCGCGAGAGUUCGAGCUGUGCUCCAGCCUCUCUCCUCUGUUGAGGUGUGAGUUUCCCUGGCCCCUCCUGUGGUUCCCAGCAUGUACCUGAGGGGUGCAGCCCGUGCCCAGAACCUGCUGUGUGCCGGGAUCCGGCAGCUCCUGCUGAGCCAGCAGCAAUCCAGAGGCUUCUCUUACAAAGCUGUGAUCUUUGAGGAGAGUGGGGUGCUGCUCCCAGCCCCUCACAGGACAGCCACAGGCUGGGAGGCCCGGAGCUGCAUUCCAGCUGGCACCAUCCAGCAAGCUGCACUGUCUGGAGGGGACAACAGCCUCUCUCUGCAGUAUUCCAGAGGAGAGCUGACAGCUGUGGAGUUCCUGCAGGAAUUGGGACAGCAGUGCUUUGAGAUUGCAAAUGCCCGUGUUCCAGUGCACUCCUUUCUCUGGGAUUUAAUCCGAAAUGAGAUGAUAAAACAGCUCCCCAUAAUGGCAGAAGCAGCUCAGUGUAUCCGGGCAGAAGGGCUUAAGACAGCUCUGCUGAGCCACAACUUGUGCCUGGGGGAUGCAGAGAGGUCCCUGCCCCUGGACCAACAGCUCUUUGAUGUGAUGGUUGAAUCACACCAGGAAGGGAUGCCCAGGCCAAGCCCUGGGAUCUACAAGCUGUGCUUGGAGCACCUGGGUGUCCAGCCCCAGGAAUCCAUCCUGCUGGACAGCAGCAGCCAGAACCUGAAGGCAGCAGCUCAGCUUGGCAUGAAAACUGUGAAGGUUGAUGAUCCAGAAGCAGCCCUCAAAGAGCUGGAAACCCAUUUGGGAUUUCCUUUGCGAGGGUUUGUUCCCUAUACUCGCUCAGUGAGACCAGGCAUGGAAAUCCCAAAGGAUCGUCUGCAGAAGUACCUUGAAGAUGUUCUUGGUGCCCACCCAACAGCCCCACUGGAGUUAAGACAGUUUGACCACGGAGAGUCCACCCGCAGCUAUUUGGUGAAGUUUGGAGGUCGUUUGCUGGUGCUGAAGAAGGAGGAGGAGCCUCCCGAUGGCCCCUCAGGCCUUUCUAUCCCAAAGGAAUACAGGGUUCUGAAGGCUCUGGCUGAGGCUGGUGUUCCUGUGCCCCCUGUGCUUGCUCUCUGUGAGGACAGAAGCAUCCUUGGCACUCCUUUCUGCCUGCUGGAGCACCGUGCUGGCCACAUCCCCCGCGCCGUGUCCCUGCCCGCGGCGCCGCUGCGCCGGCGCAGCGCCUGCUACAGCGCCAUGGCUCAGACCCUGGCCAGCAUCCACAGGCUGCAGCUGGGAGCAGCCACGCUGCAGGACCUGGGGGAGCACGGGAAUUACAUCCAGCAGCAGGUUGAGACCUGGACCAAGCACUAUCGAGCUGUGGAAACUCAUGUUAUCCCAGCCAUGGAGAGGCUCAUCCAGUGGCUGCCUCUGCACUUUCCUGAAUCCCAGAAGACAACAGUGGUGCACGGUGAUUUCAGGAUGGACCACCUGGUCUUUCAUCCAGACAGGCCAGAAGUCCUUGCUGUGCUGGGCUGGAAGUUUGCCACUCUGGGAGAUCCCAUGUGUGAUUUGGCGAAUAACUGCAUGAGCUUCUUCCUGCCAGCCCACUUUGGUGCUCGCAGAGGUUUGAGGGAGUGUGACUUGGGGCACCUGGGAAUUCCCACAGCAGAGGAGUAUUCCCAGAUGUACUGCAGCCACAUGGGAGUGGAGCGCCCGGAGAACUGGAACUUCUACCUGGCCUUUGCCUUUUUCCGCCUGGCUGUGAUGCUGCAGGGAUGUCACCGUGGCUCCCUGGCAGGGAGGCCAGCUCCAGGUGACAGCAGCCCCAAGGAUGCAGAGUUUGUGGCUGAGCUGGCUUGGGAUUUUGCCAUUAAAGAAGGAUUCCGUGUGUUUGAGAAGCUCCCCCCCACAAAGCUGCUGGCACGGCAGUGCAGCACCUGGGCUGGGCAGGGGCCACUCCUGAGCAGGAGUUACAGCAGCUGGGCACGGCCUGGGGCAGCCCCUGUGCCCACAGCCCCUGCUGGGGGUGGCCCAGGGUCUGUGCUGCAAGGUGGAAAAUAUGGGCAUCCAGUGGAGACUCCACAUCCUCUGCCAGAACUGCAGGUUCCUGGAGCAGAACAUCUCCACAAUGUUUUCAUCCCAGCCCAGCACUUCCCUUGGACCUGAGCUCUACAUCUGGCUGAGGGUCCCGAGGGGUUCACAGGACAGGAAUCUCCAAACCAGAGCUGAGCCAGGAGCUGCAGCACUGGGAAACCUUGGAUGGGGACCCAAACUAGCCACUGUGUUAUGGGAGAGGCCGUGCUAAGGGCAGCCUGUGAGCUUCUCAAUUCCAGUGGUGUUUGAUGUUAUCUGUGCUGUUACUGCCUGGCUCAAUACAGGCCAAAGCCCAUCCUUGCAUCAUGAGGCUGCAGGAAGUCAGAACUGCAGCAGGGAGAGCUGUUGGGAGUGACCUGGCUGGGGUGCAAGGCUUGGUUUUGGGAAUAAAGAGAAUGGACCAGCGUG